AUGCUCCGAUGCCCGGUGCACGUUGCGGAUGGAUCAGAUGGCAGCCUCGUGCUUCUGCUUCCUCCAGUGGCGCCAACGGAAAUCUUGCUCUUGGCUUCCACCAUCGCGGAGCUCGAAGAAAUGGCGAUGCCUAGCGAUUCUGAACGUCACGGUAUCUCGUAUAGAUCCCAGGAUCAAGAUGAUGCGAAACCGAUAUUCACGCCAAGAACGAGCCAGCAGCUCAAACAGGCGUAUGGCGCGCCGGUCCAAACCCGCCAUAUCCCCAACGCUCCGCUCUAUCGGAUGAGCGAUCCCUGGUCUACUGAACGCUCGCUCUCGCCGCCUUUCGAGUUGCAUGAUGUUCUGAUCCCUCGUCAUGAUCUCACUUUACAGGCCCUUGCUAGGCUUGCAUCGACGGCGGAUUCUCUUCACGAGCAUCACGUAGACGGAACCGAGACGCCAAUGUAUCGUCAAUUCCCUUUGGUCAACGGAAGUGCCGGAUCUCUGCCGGAUUCGUGGCGCUCUUCAGAAGCCGAUACGCGUUCAGUAACUUUGGUAUCUAACACAGCUGAAAUGAAUAUUCCGAACGUCGACAAGCCCCGAUCAUGGCGGCAAAGAGCCUUGCAUGUUCAAACUGUCCUCGAGCUAGAGUGUCUUCUUGCACCGGCAUACGCACUGUUCAGAUCGAUGCCUCGGGAGAUAUAUACUCUUUUACUAUUCCGUCUGCCACUUUUCUACCUUUCACGGGUUCAGAAAGUCGUGGAAGAUGCGGAAAUCAGUGAACCGGAGAUCGUGCGCCUCUACCUGACUACGGCAAGAGACUGGAUGGCACACGAAAAUUCGACCGUAGAUGUGCGUCCUAGUCGGAUCAGCCUUUCUGGUCUACCUGCACCCUCUUGGAAGUCGGCGGAUGGGGUUGAUGAAGCAAUCACACCAGCUAUCGCUACCUUCAAGCAGUCUUGGGAACGUCUAAUUGGGUCUCUUCUCCAGGAGUGGCAGACGGUCAACAUCAUCUCUGCUUUAUUAUCUGCGUCCAUCUUGACUCUGCUCUCCGUGAACGGGACUUCGAAUGAUCCUGUCAUCAGAACAACCAGCGUUGUCUCGCUGUUAUGCUCCUUGUGGAGCAUCAUCUGCGCAUCUCUAUAUACCGUCCAGUUUAGCCCAAUGAAGAGGAUGCAGAAGGCCGCUAGCUGGGUAGAGGAAGUGCGGCAGAGGCAACGAGUUUUAUGGAACGUUUGGGCUUUGUUGGCCAUGCCUGUGGUGUGGCUUCUAUGGUCAUUGGUAUUCUUCAUUGCCGCUGUCAUGUCAUAUGUUUGGCGCACGGACUUCGGGUCCACAGAUGCAGACUCGCCACCUACAUCGAGGGAUGUGGUACUUGGGACUCGUAUUGCAGUGAGCUGCGUACUUUGCCUCGGAAUUCUCUGCUUCUUUGCUAUGCUGAGGACCCUUCGCCGCUAUAAUGGAGAUGAGAUGGAUAGCAAAUGGAAGAAAAAGAUAGCCAGCUUGGCAUCUCGAGCCUCGGCUACUAGGCCGCAUGCCAGUGGAACGACUGCCAACCAUCCAUACCCAUCGUACACAAUUCAUGGGCCACAUCGCCCAAGAAGCGAUUCGCACUCAAAUGCGAGGGUGUCUGAUUUGAGCCCCUCGGGAUCAUCUGUGCCUGCGUCCGAGUCUGAUCUUCGUCAGUUCGUCGCGGAACCACAGGGAACUCCACCAGAGCCAAUCCAGCCUCGCACAUAUCGUUCCCAUGGCCAUCUGCGCUCAUCUAUGAAACCUGUAUCCCAGCAGUCACAUCGACCCCGCUCUGGACUGGGGCGUACUGUUCGCAUACAACCUGAGUUGGAGAUCAUCAAUCCCAGUGAUUCGGACAUAUCAUCUGCGCCGGGCGGAUCUCAAAGACAGGCUUCUGCGCGGGUUGUCAUGCAAGACGGUGAGAUGCGUAUAGCGGACAUAGCCAAUACGGAGCAACGAGAAUGGCCUGAUGCAUUGACGGGCUUCCCUUGGCUGCAAGUACUCAGCGCAGACGGUUUCGUGGCGUUUCGAGGUGUACAGCUGCCUGUGCCUAAUGACGAAGGGAAUGUUGCCAUGCCGCCUCAGCUGCUGCAAACUGGCUUGGCCAGCUCUGAGUGGACGGACUUCGUAGAGGAACUUCGUGCCGCAUGGAAUAGUUGGCAGACUCUGUUAGUAUCACCCGAACAUCAUCGCAACCGGCUUACUCUCCCAGAAGUAUGGUUUCAAAUCUGCUACAACUACGCCAAUGGCUGUUUUGCGCCUUACGGCGUGUAUCCUAUCCUUUGUGAGGAGCGUUUGAUCAAUGGCUCUGUGGCUUAUUCAGUCUAUAUGGUCGAUAUCAGAUUUGGUGACGACUGGAGAUACUCGUUUCAUCGGCUGCCUGAUGAUGUGACGGAGGUUGUACUACUCUGGGAAGAGCCUAUUUGGGAUGAUGCUUUCCGUGAGACAUGGACCAUCCGACAGGGCGAUCUUGACAACAGCACCGAGUGGUCUGGCUCAUCAGUGUUCCGAGAGAGGAUUGAACAAGAGUUUGGGAUUGCAUCCCAAGCGCUUAGAGUCUUUGAACCGUCACCAACUGUACUGGAAGCUGGAAGGUCUCCCUUACCUCGUCUGUCUGAGAACCUUCGCGACGGGGGAUUCACAGUCAAUAGCAGACUACGGGGAAUACUGAAAGAAGAGCAUUAUCAUGCCCCCCUGGGUACAUUAGAAGAGUCAGUGCACGUGGGGUCAUCAACAAGCCUCGAGAUUCUGAGGGCUCCUUCAGACCCUGGGCAAACUGGCCCACGUCCCGAUAGGCAGACAAAGGAUAAUGGGGGUCAGUCGUCAAUGGCAGACGAAGAUACGAGCGAGAGCAUCAGAGAAAAACCGGGCGGUGAGAGCGGGGAAACUGUAUAUGUGGAUGGAAACGCUUCAACGGCUUACGAGGGAACGGGAUUGGGACAAGAGGGCGCAGGAGAACACGGAGAUUCUGUACCUGCUGAUGAGCAUGAGCGGAAUACGGACGGACAGGAGGAAACGUGA